AUGUUAGCGCUGACCCCGAGGCUAAAAGCCGGUAAACUCGCGCCGCAGGACUCGCAAAUGACGGCGUACAGCUGCCUGCCGGCAACGGUGUUAGCCUCGUGCGUGGAGAGCGUGUGGUCGUGCGGCAGCGGGCGCCAGCAGACGCAACUGUCGCGUGCGCUGUGGCUGUGGUGCGGCGCGCUGGGCGCUCGCGUCUGGCUGCCGCUGCUACCGCGUGACGCCACACGCCGCCCCGACUCCUCACGGCACACCUUCAUGGCCAAGCGCAUCAUGCUGCCUUUCCAUCUUAACAUAUACCCUCUCACAAUUCUUUUCGACGACGCCAUACUGCUGGGAGCAGAAAACGACACAACUCUUUAUGCAUCAGACUCCAACUCCGUGUUCUCUUUGCCAUUCUGUGUUGUCAAUAGAACGAGCCAGGUGUACCUGCAUCAGAUCUUACGUCAACUGCUGCGUCGUAACCUGGGCUACCAUGCGUGGGAGAUAGCGCGGUCGUGCGCGCAGCUGCCCUACUUCCCGCACUCGUUGGAGCUGCUGUUGCACGAGGUGCUGGAGGAGGAGGCCACCAGCAAGGAGCCCAUACCCGACGCACAACUGCCCAGCGUCAUUGAGUUCGUUCACGAGUUCCCAGUCUAUCUACAGACAGUGGUACAAUGCGCUAGAAAAACAGAAAUAGCUCUGUGGGCGUACCUGUUCUCGGCGGCUGGGAAGCCUAAGGAGCUGUUCCAGGAGUGUCUGCAGAGGAAGAUGCUGGACACUGCCGCAUCGUACCUCAUCAUACUGCAGAACCUGGAGAGUUCGGCUGUGAGCCGGCAAUUGGCCACGCAGCUACUGGACACGGCGCUGCAGCAUGAGCGCUGGGACCUCGCUAGGGACCUUGUGCGCUUCCUCAGAGCCAUAGAUCCUAACGAUGUGGACUCACCGCGCAACUCUGUGAACGUGCAGGCCAAGUACGGUCAGAUCGUACAGCCGCAGACCGUGCCCAAUGCGGAAGAUCUAUCCGUUAUACUCGGCACCAUGCAGCUGGCUGGCGGCAGAGGGCGCAGCUUUAGCACGACGACAGCGCCGCGGGAACCUUCCCCUCCGGCAGCCGCGCCCGCACCCCCGCCCGCGCGCCGCACCGCAGCCGUCAAGCGCAAGAAGUCUGUGCCCGCGCGCGCUGACAGGGAAUCGUACAGCGGCACAGCGGAGGAAUUCUUCAUCGACAUGAUGAUCCAGCGUCACGCGCGGCUGUUGCUGUCGACGGCGAGGCUGGUGGCGCUGGGCCGGCUGGCGGCCGCACUCGACCUGCACCUGGUGGCUUGGCUGGCGGGAGAACGCGAGCGCGCCGCGAGAGUCGACAGCGCCGUGCUCUGCCUCAAGCGGCUGCACGAUGACUUCAACUGGCCCUACCCCGUGCUGCAGCAGGGGGACGAGCACUACAUACAGCGCAAGGCCAGCGUCGUACCAAGUCCAAGCACACCAUCCGCAGAGACGGACAGCUUGUGCGGCGACAGCAGCUACAUGAGCCUGUCGCUGCGUGCGGCCCUGCCCAUAGCACUCGGCGCACCUAUUUCACCUGGACCCGUCAGUUCAGCGGGAGAGUGCAGCGUGGCGGAGGGCGGGGCUGUGGCGUGGGGCGGGGCGAGUGAGGGCGGAGGCGGGGAGGAGCGGCGUUAUGCGGCCCUCAUGGAGCGCCUACACGUGCAUCAGGCAGAGCGCGGCGAUCAUACCGCACAUGUACGGUUACGAUAUUUCUUACAACUGAUGACGGAGGCGUCGUGCGUGGAAUGGGCGCUAAUUGUAGCGGUGGCGCUGCGCGACGCGCUCGCUGUGCUGCGCACUGCAAACGCGGCGCGUGCGCAUGACGUCAGCGCCGCCGCCGUGCGCCGUCUGCGCACCGCAAUAAUAGACCUCUGCGCCUGGAGCGACGCCGAGUGUCUGGGCUACAAACCGUUCAUGAUGGCGAUUAAUAACCAAGUGCCGUUUCUGACGUCCAUCAUCAAUGCGCGUGAACGAAGAGUUUCAAUGGUCAAAAACCGUGUGCGAACACCUAGUACAGGCUCUUUAAACUUGGAACUAAAAUCUCAGCAAACACCUCAAGAAGCCAUACUGCCGCCACCGCAGAAGGCGCAGGAGGUGUCGAAGCAAUCAGUUCGCAAGGAGUCCCCUAAAGUGCCCGCCGACUCAAACCCGGCGCCGGUCGCCGUGCCGCCACCCCCCGCGCCCCCCGCACCCUCCAACUGCCGCCUCAUGUAGCGCACGACAACCCCCCACUCAACACAUAUCCAACAGCUCAAUACACACGCCAAAACUUUUUACAACCGUAUACCUUGGGACUUUAUUAUCCAAAAUUUUACGAACACAUUUGUAACAUAGCAGGAAAUAUAUAUCAGAUGUUUUUGAUUUUUUCUAUGACAUCUGUCAAAAGUUUGACAUUGACAGAACUGUUAAUACUUUGGU